AUGCGGUGCAACUUCAGUGGAGCCGUGCUGAUCCGAGCGCUCCCUCCUCUCCUUGUAACAGAGUUCAUUCUGGGUCUGGUAGGAAACGGUUUGGCUCUGUUCAUCUUCUGCUUCCACCUGAGGCCCUGGAAAAGCAGCACGGUGCUGCUCUUCAACCUGGCAGUGAGCGACUUCAUGCUCAUCCUGGCUCUGCCCCUCCGGGCCAACUAUUACCUCUCAGAAAUCAAAUGGAUGUUCGGUGAGAAACUCUGUAACAUCUGCCUCUUCAUGCUGGCGAUGAACCGCAGCGGGAGCACCUUCUUCUUGAUGGCCAUCGCCGUAGACAGGUACAUGCGUGUGGUGCAUCCCCACCAUCCUCUGAACUCUCUGAGCGCUGGCAAGGCCAUGCUGGGAGCGAUCGUGCUGUGGCUGGUCCCCAUUACGAUGACCGCCCACGUCUUCUCUCUGCAACACAUAAACACAACCUACUGCGAGAGCUUUAUGGUGGACACAGAGUCCAGAGGAAACCUGUCCUGGCAUAAAUUCACCUUUCUCUUCUCGUUCUACAUGCCCCUGCUGGUGAUUCUCUACUGCACCUUCCACAUCAUCAGCCACCUGAGGAAGAGACAGCUGGCCCACCAGGCCAAGUUCAAGAAGGCUCUGUACUUCAUCGUGGUGGUGGUGGUGUUGUUCAUAAUCUGCUUCCUCCCCAGCAACAUCACUCUGCUGGCCAUGUGGAUCAAGAUGCUGAAAGGAUUCAGUUGUAGUGAUAUUGAACAUCUAACCACAGGGUUUUACAUCACCAUCAGUUUGACUUAUCUCAACAGUGUGCUGGACCCCGUGGUCUACUAUUUCUCCAGCCCGGCUUUUAAGAACAUCUGCAGGAAGACUCUGCAUCUGCCACAGGCAGAGACUGGUGAAAGCACAGACAGGAAAACACGUGAUACGGGAUCCCAUUCGCUCAGCCAGCUGUGACCGAAAAACUCGGAUCUGCAGAUUCAGAGCUAAAACUCGGUUAGAGAGGAGUCAAGUUUCCCUAUUUAGCAUCACGUUUGAGUUACGGCAAAUAAGAUGCUAUCUUUACUUCCCUUAUAGCUAUUGAAAAUAUGUAAUUUGCACUUUCCUAGCACAAGCAUGUCUCGGCAUGUUUAUAUAUAACUUACCAUGAAUGCACUUUUUAUGCUGUUUCUUUUGCUAAGCAUUUAAUAUGAAAAUGGUGCACUUUUUAUUCAGUUUCAUUGAGUACAUUGCUUUAAUGAGACCUAUUGCUUCUGUUAUGAAAAUAUAUGAUAAGUUGUUGUCUUAAUCAGGCAUUUUUAUGAAAAACACAAGUGUUACCUUUUAAUCCCUAAACUGUGUCUUGGAGUUUACAGAAGGUGGGUUUUUUGCAAGAUUCACUCGAAAGCAAUUAAAUUCUUUCAAACUCUGGAAGGACAACAGGCACAGCUCACAGGGUGUUUGCUUUUAAGGUCUGAAAGCUAUUUUAUGGUUCUUGAGGUCAUCUGGGUGGACCCCUGAUAGGACAUUUGGGUGCUAAAUCAGCCUUACUUCACGAAGACCCUUGGGAGAACAGUCUCCUUUGUUUCGGAGCAGAUAGAAACUGGAGCCUCAAUGUCUGGGCUCUCACACCCCCAAACUAAUUGGGAGGGGGUGCUUAGUCUAUUAAAACAUGUGAUUGGGGGUAUGAGUGCAGACAAAUCGCUUGCAGCAAUAUUGUGUAGGAUGUCGAGUAAAUACAGUAAAUAUGCAUAAGUGUUUGU